AUGGGGUCGUAUGUGGAAUCCAACGGCAAGAUUCUCAACAUCGCAGUGGCCGGCCUGGGGCGGAUGGGCAAACGCCACGUUGCAACCCUCCUCAACCGCGUCCCUCGGGCCCGAGUGGUCGCUGUCUGCAGCGCAGCUCCCCACGAGACAGAGUGGGCCCGCGGUAACGAGGACUACGUCGACUUCGGCAUCAAGGUCUACGACAGCUAUGAAGACAUGUUAAACCAUCCGGCCUUGCAAGCGGUCUGGAUCUCAACGAGCACGGACGUGCACGCCACCCAGACUAUCAAGGCCGUGGAAAAGGGACUUCAUGUCCUAUGCGAGAAACCACUGAGCACGGAUUUAGAUGAAGUGUCGGCCGCGAUAGCUGCCGCCAAAUCCCACCCCGAGCUGAAAGUGAUGGCCGGCUUCUCGCGGCGCUUCGAUGCGUCCUACCGUGACGCAUACCAAAAGGUCAAAUCCAACGCCAUUGGCGAGGCAUACCUGGUCCGCAGCAACACGUGCGACCUGCUAGACGAGACGGGGUUCUUCGUCGCGUACGCGAAGCGCAACGGCGGCAUCUUCGUCGACUGCACGAUCCACGACAUCGACCUCGCGCUGUGGUUCAUGGACGGGCCCGCCCCCAAGUCCUGCUUCGCUGUGGGCACGCUGAAGCAUCACCCGGAGCUGGCCGAGAGCCAGGACGUGGACAACGGGGUUGGCGUGGUCGAGUUCCACGGCGGCAAGAUCGCCUACUUUCACGCCUCGCGCACCCAGGCCCACGGCCACGACGUCUGCACCGAGAUCAGUGGCAUACAGGGCAAGAUCAUGGUCAACGUCAUCCCCAAGGCCAACAACGUGGUCGUCGCGGACCGCACGGGCAUGCGGCACGAGGUCCAGCCGGAGUACUGGCAACGGUUCGAAGACGCCUUCGCCACCGAGGCCCAGGAGUUUGUCGCCUCCGUCCUCGAGAACAAAGAGGUGCCCGUGCCUCUGGAGUCCGGGUUCAUGGUCAUGAAGAUCGGCCGCGCAUUGCAGGAGAGUUUGCUGACGGGCAAAGUGGUGAAGUUUGACGAACAAGGCAAGAGGAUUGAGGAGUGA